AUGCAAAUCGGUACUCACGCCUUGGAUAUCGGUGCUUUGACGCCCUUCUUUUGGCUGUUUGAAGAGCGUGAGAAGAUAAUUGGAAUCCUCCGAAUGCAUUUGAAACAGCGAACCGUUGAUAUUGGUAUCGUUUCCGACGAAGACGCACUUCAUUACGGUUUCAGUGGUGUCAUGUUGCGCGGAUCUGGAAUCAAGUGGGACCUGAGGAAAACUCAACCUUACGACGCCUUUGAUUUGGUUGAAUUUGACGUUCCCGUGGGACUAAAAGGCGACUGCUAUGACAGAUACCUGUGUCGUGUUGAAGAGAUGCGGGAAUCUCUCCGCAUCAUCGAUCAAUGCCUGAAUAAAAUGCCGGCGGGUGAGGUCCGUGUGGACGAUGCCAAGAUCAUGGUGCCCAAGCGAUCCGAAAUGAAGACGUCGAUGGAAGCUCUCAUUCAAGUUGUUCACACAGGGCUACAACGUGAAUUUGGUGUGUAUCUCGUUUCUGACGGUUCUUCACGCCCAUAUCGCUGCAAAAUCAAGGCGCCAGGUUUCGCCCAUCUGGCCGCGUUGGAGAAAGUCGGCCGCAACCACAUACUCGCCGAUAUUGUUGCCAUCAUUGGUACACUGGAUGUGGUUUUGGAGAAAUUGAUCGCUGAAUGCGUUCCACGCCCUCUUUAUCUCCACACCGGUGACUUACUGGAAAUGGAGUUGUAUAUGUAA